AUGAGAUGGGGGGAGACAUCAGUGGAGAUCGGGCCAGCUGGGAGCGGGGAGAGGGAUAGGUUGGACACAAGUUUUGACACCGGGACGCUGAUCGGCAUCUGCCAUUCAGACCACAAGCGCACCAAAACUAAGAAUAAAGCUGUAACAGAAGAUCGAGAAGCAGAGAUCCAGCCACAACUGCAAAAGGUGACGCCUGGUGACUGGGUAUACGUCAAGGUGUUCAAAAGAAAGUGGGACCAACCCAGACGUGAAGGUCCUUUUAAGGUUACUCUAGCAACCCCAACCGCCCUUCAAGUGCAAGUAGGCAAAACAUGGCUGAUUGGUGGCUCAGCUCUCAAUAUAUGCCCCCCACAAAGUGUGAAGAAGAACCCCAACCUGGUCCCAGUCAACCGGUCCAAGGCAUCAGCCCGCAACUGCCAACAUCAUGGCCAAACCCACAGCCAUCUCCUCCACAUCGCCAACCACAAUGGGACCAGUUCCGGCCUUGGCAGCAGCCCCUGGAGUCACCGGAGCCACCUCCGUCAAGAGCUGAGACAAAUGGGACCUCUGGCAGCCCCACCUCACAGGAGACCCCUGGUAGCCCAUGGCCUUCUCCUUGGCCAACCCCAUGCAGCCCAUCCGAUCUGAAGGUCCUCACGGCCCCUCAGCUGCCAUUCCCAGCGCUAUGUCCAGAGGGUCAUCAAUGCCUCACCUUACAGGAGGUGGGAGACCUCUCCACAGCAGAAUAUAUCCGUAUUCAUGAUAGCCUCUCACCUGAGAAUCAAAUUCUCAUUCAGGUGAUUCGCGGAGGCUUAAGGCACCUCCGCGGAGAGCUGCAGAAGAUGAAGAGUGU